GGCUUGAAAUGAUUCAUUUGCAACAGUUUAUGCUGCCCUUUCUUUCUUUUUUUUUUUCGUCCAUUGAGUUGCCAUCAUGGUGAUCAGAAGAAAAGAAGAAUUGAGUGAUUUCGAAUCGGAAGAAGAGGAGGAGCUCGUCUAUCAUAGUAGUGAUCAAGAAGACAAUAGCGAUGAAGAAGAUGAGGCAUCUGAUCCUGAUGAUCAAUAUGAACAAAGUGUAGACGACGAUGAUGAAGAGGAGAAUACGCAAAUGAAAGCAGCUGAACUUGCUAAACUCAAGAGAGAUCUAGCUCAUGUGUCUUUUGAACAACUUGCCGAUGUGAAAGGAAAGAUGGGCGAGAAAGAGUUUAGUGAUAAUAGCAAAGUAAAGAAAAUAUCAAAGGAUCAGAUUCUGAAAGAUUUGGAAGGUGCAGUCAAAAAGAUCAAAAAGACAAAUAAAGUCAAGUUAUCCAAAGAGGAAAUGAAAAGAAAAGAUAAGCACAGACCCAUGGAGGUGUCAUCGAAAAGGGCCGUCAGCCGUUUCAGAGAAGUGGUGCCGUUACAAGCAGAGAAACGUCGCGAUCCAAGAUUUGAUAAGCUCUCAGGUCAUUUUAACAAAGAUCUGUUUGAAAAGUCGUAUGGUUUUUUGAAGGACUACAAAAACUCUGAAAUGGAAAUGUUGAAGCAGCGUCUCAAGAAGGAAAAGAACCCUGAAAAGCAAGAGGAAAUGAAGCAUCUUUUACAAAAAAUGAUGACAACUGAGAGACAAGAAGAAGAAAAGAAAAGAAAGGAAGCCUUGUUCCGUCAGCGCAAGAAGCAAGAAGCUGAGCUCGUCAAGCAAGGAAAGAAACCCUAUUUCCUUAAACGAUCUGAGAAACGUAAACUUGAUUUGAUGGACAGAUAUGAAAAGUUGGGUGAAAAGAAAGUGGAUCGCAUUCUGGAAAAACGUCGCAAAAGGAACGCUGCCAAAGACAAGAAACAUUUGCCGUUCAAGAGAAGAUCUGCAGCAGAUGCUUAAAUUUGUAUUUUAUACAAUUUUCUCUGUGCACGACUAUUUAAAGUCAUAUGCCUAGUUUGUACCAUAGAUCAAAAAUAUACCUGUCUAUUUUGCGUUUUCAAAAAAAAAAAAAAAAAAAAAAAAAAAGAUUGUUUU